UCGAGAAUAAACAGACAAACGCUAUCACUCGUUACAAGCUGUCGACAAAUAACUUCACUUCCUCUUAGCUCGCGGUGUUUCCAGUUGGGUAAUACCUCCCGUUUAUUUCAGGGUUUGCUUCAGUUCCUGUUACUUAAUAGCUAAACUACAGAGUUAGUGAGGAAAAUGCGGCUCAUUGUAGCGUAAAGUCUGCCAUUUCAGACACAGUUUAGCCGAUAUUAAUUAUUUUAUCUUGUGCAGCUGAACGGAACACAGCUGUAAAUCUAUUUUAAGGCAAUUUCUGGUAAUCAGAUAAAAGAAAUGUAUCCCUUUCCAGCAUUACUUAUCCUGGUUGUAAUCCCCUCCAUUUCUGAUGGUCAGCAUGAGACCACCUGCAACGUUGUCCCGAAAGAUCAGUACAUUGAAGUGGGGUCCGAUACCGAGAUAGUGUGCCAGACUUCAUGUGUCCCUGGCAAGGUUUUCUGGACACUGAACAAGAUACCCGUAGAUGAAAGCCUGUCACACAUUACCAACUCCUCACACACAGUCGUGACACUGAGGAACUUCACUCACCACAUUGCUACGUUGGAAUGCAGCAGUGUAGAUACGAAGCAGGUCCUUGGAGGCACCACCAUCAGAACGUACUCAAAACCCGGCAAAAUAUCAUGCAUCUUGCACUAUGAUAAAUAUUUUAAGAGCGGAGUGCCACAGCUGUUAACAUGCAACUGGGAGCAUGAGAUUGAUUCUUCAUUGGCUGUAAACUACACUGUACUAAUUGAUCCUAAUCAGACUAAAAUCUGCAACUCAACCAUAACAACAUGCACAGCCAAACAUUCAGUAGAUCUUUGGCAAAAUUCCACUGUUACUGUUAGAGCUAGAACUACUGCUUGGGAAGCUUCCUCCAACACUUAUACAUUCAACCCGUAUCACAUACUGAAAAUGAGCCGUCCGGAGAUUAAGGUGACCACCUUCUAUGAUCAUCUAUUGGUUGAGUGGAACCGGUCACCUACCUAUCAAAAAAAGUGUCACUGUCAAGUCCAAUACAAAAAGGCAGUAAAUGAAAGCACUCCAGAGUGGGUGCUCAAUAAGACUCUCACCUCCGACCAGAGAGGGUCCAAUGUGACCAUUGAAAAACUUGAGUCCUGCAGUAACUACAAAUUUGCAGCCCGCUGUGCUUUAGAUAAGGCCCCUUGGAGCGAGUGGACCAAUAAGACAAUUCUUACCAAACUAAAUAAGAGUGACGUCAAGCUGCGCCUGUGGAGAAAAGUAGCUGAACCGGAGAAAAAUGGAAUUAGAAAAGUUCAUGCCAUGUGGGUGGAGAUUCCUUCAACAUGCCAAGGCACAUUUAGCUACACUAUCCAACAGACUCCUUACCCGGAAAGCACAACUGGAGUGAAUAAUAAAGAUCAUAUAUGUGGCAAUUCAACUUGUGAUGUUUAUGUGAACCAAGAUGCACACAGACUACAUCUCACAGUCUUCGAUAAUGAACAUCUGCUUGGGGAGGACUCUGUUUAUGUUCCAGCCAUUGGAGAGAGCCUCCCUGAAGUUACUGACAUCCAGACCUCAACCCUGGAAGGGGUUAUUCUGGUAAGAUGGAAGGCUCCGGUUCCUGUCGGUGGUUACAUGAUCGACUACACCCACGAUGGAAAUCAUUACUACUGGAAGGAGAGCAAAUACACUAACGCAACACUAUUUGGCCUCCUGGAUAAGAAGCCAUACAAUAUUACAAUAACUCCCCUCUUUGGUGACAAGACAGGUCAUGGCACACAAGUCUUUCAGAUCUGCUCCAGAAUCGGAGAUCCAGGGAAUGUCAAUAUCAGCAAUGUUGAGCCUUAUGACAAAAGUGCCAGUGUGAGUUGGAUUGUGGAGUCACAGGAGGCAUGCAGUGGUGCUGUUGUCAACUACACCAUCUUCUACUAUACACAGAAGGGGCCACUGCUCAAUGUUACUGUAGAUGGCACGAAGCAGGGCAUCCUUUUGGAAGACCUGAAUCCAGACACCCAAUACAACGUUUAUGUCAGGGCCACAGCUCUUACCGGAGCUACCAAAAGCACUGACAGGGUCUUUGAAACCAAAACAUUUGAUCCGAGGCUCAUGACACUACUCAGUGUCUGCGGAUCCAUCACUAUAUUUCUUGUGUUAUCUCUUGGAUUAUGGUGUGCUAUUCAGUGGAAGAAAUUCAAGGAGAAGCCAGUGCCAAACCCUGGCCUCAGUUCUGUGGCGUUGUGGCCAUCGGCAAGCAGUCGAAAGGGAGCGUGCCCCUUCCAGCCAUUCAGUAAUCCAUCUGAAAGCCUUUGUGACAUGGUUUACACAGAGGAAGCUCAGAGAACAUCUACCUCUCCACUAGCUACAGACUGUAACGGGAACACAGCCAGUGAACAGACGGAGGAAUACGUUGUAGCACCAGACCCCGUCAAAUCUGUUGAGACACAGCAUCUACCCUCUCCUGGAGAAUCCACAGCACUGAUUUUUUCAGAAAACAGCCCGACAAGCCCUUAUCGAAGUCAGAGUUCUGUGGAAACUCACACCCUGAGGACCAGCAAACAAUGUAAGCGAGUUCCAGUAAAACAACAAGAAAAGGCUCUGACUGUUUAUGUCACUCUGGACAUGUUUGAACAAGGCCAGGGAAGGUGAAAUGAAAACAAAACCAUUAUUGUGUUCCAAGAGUUCAGAUAAGCCACUCAGGUCUGAAUACAGCAUGUGUGGUUUAAUAUUCCCCCAAAUUUCCAUUGUAAUGUGUGGCAAUAUGUGUGGAAUCAAAGUAAAGAAGAAAGAUUGAUGAUUGUAGACUUCAUCACCCAGGUAACAAAAUGUAAUGUUUUGUGUAAAUAUAUGUACAUUUUGCUACUGUUAAUCCUUUAUUGAUACAAGCAUGUAAUAUUUAUUGCAAAACGUUGUGUGGAAGCUGUUAUUAUCAAGUCAACUUGAUAUCUUUCACACAUCUACUGUGUUAUAUGGAGAUAUCUAUUUAUCCCAAUAGUUUUGGGUCUCAUUUAAUGCAAAGACAGAGCCCUUAAAUAGAAAUGACAAUUAUUUAAUGAUAUAUUGAUUUUCUUUCUACAAUGCAAUUAAAUUGGGAAGUACAGUGCUUUUGUAUAAAAUAGGGCAAAACUGCACUCAACAAGCUGCCUACAGGUAUAAUCUAAUGCAUCAUCACAAAUCUUAUUUCACAUUUAUCUAUUAAAUGGUUAAAAAUCCCCUCAUUACCAAAGGACACUACAACAUUUCAUAAAUAUACGUUAAAUUACUUUUUUGAACAAGUAACACCAACAACAAACAUGGCCGGGGGUUCUGAAGCAGAAAAUCACAAUAUUAAACAAAUGUACUGUAAUGUACUGCUUGUAAUCAAUUUCAAAGAGAAAUGAUUAUAUGGCCUGUGAUUAGAGUAUACAUUUAUGGAUAUACAUUUUAACUAACAGUAAAAUCAGAUUAGUAAUGUAGUUAAUUCAUAAAACCCCAGGUAUAUGCUGGGGGAAAUCUGUCAUUGUAGAAAAGAUUUUGGAGGAUAAUGCAGAUGAAUGUACAUAAUAUACUGUAUGUACAAAUAUAUUUUUACCUGUCUUUGUUCAGCUUUGUUGUCCUUGUUUUAGCUGUAUGGCUAUUUUGUAUUCCUGUAUAAUGUUCUGCACGUAAGUACAUUGAAAGCAGCUUAAACCCAGAGUCACAUUUCUUGUACAUGCACACUAAUAUGCCAAUAAAGCUAGUCUGAUUCUGGUCCUAUAA